UUGAGCGGUAAAGAUAUAAGCACUAGACACUUGUUUUCUUAUUUCAUUUUUAAUAAUUGACGAAAGACGAAUCGAACUGUUGGCUGCGAUGAAAGCCCUAAUAAUAGUCCAUUUCGGACUAUUGAUGCACUUAACGGCGGCCAGAUUUGUAUCAGAUAAUAUAUGUCUUGCUAUGCCAAAUGGCCAAAAAUUGCCAGUGACAGAUGAUUGCAGUUCUUAUAUUGUCUGUGACAACAAUGCACAAAGUAUUAAAUAUUGCCCGAAUGGAUUACUCUUCGACCCACAUGUUCAAGUGUGUAAUUGGGCCAGUAUGGUGAAGUGUGGGCAAACACCCACAGUUCCCGUAACGUGGCAGCCAGCAACGACCACUACCGCCCCAACUCCGGCACCUACCACAACUCGUCCAACGACAACGAAACCACCCACCACGACCACGAGAUUAACCACUACAACGACGACCACCACUCUGCCCCCUCCAACCACAACCACUGCUGCUCCAACCCGAACGACCACUACGACGCCUCGUGCUCCUGAGAACAGCCCAUAUCCCCAGUGUACCAGCGACGGAUUCUACUUUAUUCCUCACCCAUCGGCUUGUGAAAGUUACUACAUUUGUGCCUACGGUAUGCUGAUUCUGCACAGUUGUGGCCAAGGAGUAUACUGGAACUCGGAAACCAAUCAGUGUGACUUCCCGGAACGUACGAACUGUUCAAACCUUCCCAACCCAGCAAAGCCGGAAACGUCCACGCCUUCAAUCGGCACGACUACACCCUCAAAGCUACCUAAUUGCAGAAGCACCGAGAUCUUCCAUCCAAGUAUCGAGGAUUGCAGCAAGUACUACAUUUGCAUCGGUUCGUCGCCCAUUUUGAUGAGCUGCCCAUCGGAUUACCUCUGGAACGCCGACAUCUCUCAGUGUGACCGCCCGGAACAGGCACGAUGUGCCACUUCAUUCGCCUGACGUGCAGAUGUGUAUUGAUAUAGAACUUUAAAUAAUUUAUUCCAAGAUGUAUAGAAUAACUAAGUCGUAAGGAUUAAAAUGUUAUACUUUCCUUUAACAACUGUUCGUUUCAGUGAACAUGUUCAAAAAAGUUGU